CCGAGACUCUCUCUCUAUGGACCCCCGGGCAACUCCGGGCUCUCACGCCACCCGCUCCGCCGAGUGACCUGCAGGGCAGAGCCCCGCCGAGUCCCGCGGGAGCACCGCCGAGGAGCCGCCACCGCCGCGCCUGGCCCCGCCGUGGAGCCGCCGCCGCGCAGGAUGGUCCGCACACUGUGUGCCAUCAGUGCUGUGUUUCUUCUGAUGGGAUUUCUGCUACCGACAGCAGAAGGGAGAAAGAGGAAUCGUGGAUCUCAAGGUGCUAUCCCUCCUCCUGACAAAGAUCAGCCCAAUGAUUCAGAGCAAAUGCAGACACAGCAGCAGUCAGGCUCUAGGCAUCGAGAACGAGGAAAAGGCACCUCGAUGCCUGCUGAAGAGGUGCUGGAGUCUAGUCAGGAGGCAUUGCACAUCACUGAGCGCAAAUACCUAAAGCGGGAUUGGUGUAAAACUCAACCCCUGAAACAAACUAUCCACGAAGAAGGCUGCAACAGUCGUACCAUUAUCAACAGGUUCUGCUAUGGCCAGUGCAACUCCUUCUACAUCCCCAGGCAUGUCCGUAAAGAAGAAGGCUCCUUCCAGUCUUGUUCCUUCUGCAAGCCCAAGAAAUUCACCACCAUGACUGUUACACUCAAUUGCCCUGAGCUUCAGCCCCCGAGGAAGAAGAAAAGAAUCACCCGAGUUAAGGAAUGCCGAUGUAUAUCUAUUGACUUGGACUGAACUGAGACAAGUGUGAUGAUUACACUCUGACUGUAUGCAAUCAUUGCCAGCAUGAGAGAGAGUGGCAUGGAACUAACGUUUCUUCAGGGCUGGACAAAACUGAAAGGAACCUAAUUGAUUACCUAAAGUAAGCAAAAAAACCCAAAACAAGCAAACCCCAAACAAAGAGAAAAAUGGAUAUAAGGGAAGGGCAUGCAUGUGUGUAUUUGUGUGUGAGGGAGAAAAUGGAUGUGUAUAAGCAAAUAUAUGAAUGUUCACUAUGACAAAAAAACCCAUUAACAGGGGUACGAGAUAUUAUUAAAAUCUAUUUAUCCAUAGUCAUAAAUUAGGUUUCCUAGUGCAUAUUCACAUAUUUUCUGCUUGCUGGGAAAGUGGAGCUGUGGCUUUUGCUAAUGUUCACCUGCAGUGCUAUUUGCUUUUACUGUUUCAAGAGAAUCGUCAAA